CUUUCCUUUUGAGCAUCCCAAAUCCGUUUUUUCUGCUCUGUCCGCUGUUUUUGGCGUCGUCGAGGGUCGCUGAGAGAGAAUAAAACGACUGCGGCCGUCGCUGUUGCACGCAACUCACCGGUGACUGCGAAAAUCGAGGUCGCACAGCCCAUUCAUCGAGUCACACCACCCACGCCCAACCCUAAAAAUUAAAGUCGCCUCCUUUCUGCCCUUUGACACCAAGUUCACCGACAGGAUUCGCGCCACACACUCCCUUUGACACUCCCUCGCCCAGUGAUUCACCAUGAUGACCGAUACCGCAACAGAGAUUGAUCUCGACUCUGUCAUAGACAGACUUUUGGAGGUGCGAGGAAACCGCCCCGGCAAGCCAGUCCAACUCCAAGAAUACGAAAUCAAGUAUCUAUGUACAAAAGCACGCGAAAUUUUCAUCAACCAGCCCAUUCUGCUCGAGCUCGAGGCUCCUAUAAAGAUUUGUGGUGACAUUCACGGCCAGUAUUAUGACCUGCUUCGACUUUUCGAAUACGGCGGCUUCCCCCCAGAAGCCAACUACCUCUUCCUUGGCGACUAUGUUGAUCGAGGAAAGCAAUCCCUCGAAACAAUCUGUCUUUUGCUUGCCUACAAGAUCAAAUACCCCGAAAAUUUCUUCAUCCUGCGAGGAAACCACGAGUGCGCAAGUAUCAACAGGAUAUACGGAUUCUAUGAUGAAUGCAAACGCCGGUACAACAUAAAACUCUGGAAGACCUUUACCGAUUGCUUCAACUGCCUACCCAUCGCUGCCAUCAUCGACGAAAAGAUUUUCACAAUGCAUGGAGGGCUCAGUCCGGAUCUACAGUCCAUGGAGCAAAUACGUAGGGUUAUGCGACCGACGGACGUCCCUGACACUGGUCUCCUUUGCGACCUCCUCUGGUCCGAUCCUGACAAGGAUAUCACAGGGUGGUCAGAAAACGAUCGAGGUGUAUCAUUUACCUUUGGACCAGAUGUGGUGUCGCGGUUCCUCCAGAAGCACGACAUGGACUUGAUUUGCAGAGCGCAUCAGGUCGUCGAGGAUGGGUACGAAUUCUUUGCCAAGCGGCAUCUAGUAACGCUCUUCUCUGCACCCAACUAUUGUGGUGAAUUCGACAAUGCGGGUGCCAUGAUGAGCGUCGAUGAGACGCUGUUGUGCUCGUUCCAGAUCCUGAAACCAGCGGAGAAGAAAGCCAAGUAUCCGUACGGAGGGAUGAACAUGGGACGUCCGGUGACACCACCACGCAAGCAGAAGAAGAAGGAUGGAAAGAUGGGAGGUUGAGCGAUCGGGCGCUCAUGAGGCCUAGCGUCCGGCGGGCGGCGGGAUAGUCGUCGGACGCGCGUGGAGGAGAGGUUUAGGGAUACCAGGAUGUCCACGAUUCUUCGAGAUAUAGCUGGGGCAUGAGAUCAGAUCGAGAUCCGUUGUGAUGACAAAACGGAACGAUGAUAACAUGACUUUUCUGUUUCUGUUACGAGUGGGGAGAAGAUGGGAAGGGAGGCUUUAUGGUACCAACGACCACGCCGAUCAAUAUCAAUCGCUCGCUCCUUUCUUUCCAUUCCACCUGUUUUUUUUUUAUUAUAUAUAUCACCGUUUUCUGCCUUUUUAUAACCCCACCACCAUGAUUUUUACGUUUCCUGGUUCUGGACGUGUUUCUUUUUCUCGACUAGUGUUUUUGUUACCUUGGGUAAUGUGCGCAUGAUCCUCUCGUUUCUCUUUCCUUAUCGACUUUUCUUUGUAC